GAGAUCUGGUCGAGCUGCUCCGCGGACAGAGGCGCUGCAGGCUGGCUGGAAGUUCCUGAAUCCCCCGCUGACGAUUUCAGCUUCUUCUGCACAGUUUGAGUGUGUGGAGCAGAAAACAGAGCAGGUCUCCAAAACUCAAAUGAAUCCCAUGAGAGCAUCACAGAGAGCAGGUCACUGCGAUGGAGAAGUUUGUGAAUCAGAGGCUGAGUAAACACUGCUGCAGCAGCGAUGAUGCCAAAACAACAAGUCCAAGAAAGAGGGUCAAACUGCUGGAAGAUGAGAGGAUGAAGUGGGAGGAGGAGGAGGAGGAGGACGAAGCUCUGGCAGAGUUCUCACAUCCUGUCCCCUGGCAAAAAAUAGAGUCAGAGGGACUAGACUGCGAUUAUGCUUUACUCUUCUCCAAAGAAGAAGCAGAUCGACUUUUUCAGCAGCUGGAAGAGGAAGUUGUGUACGCAACAGGGGAAGAAGCAAAGGUUCAUGUGUUUGGGAAGCUGCACAACAUCCCGAGAAAACAAGCAACAUACGGAGACGCAGGUCUAAACUACACUUAUUCUGGGGUGACUCGUUCAGCCUAUCCCUGGACUCCGACCUUAGAAUCCAUCCGCAAUGCUGUCACCAAAGCUACAGGACAGACAUUUAACUUUGUCCUGGUCAACAGGUACAAAGAUGGGCAGGACCACAUGGGUGAGCAUCGCGAUGAUGAAAAGGAGCUGGACCCUCUUUGUCCCAUCGCCUCUGUCUCCCUGGGAGCAGCACGAGACUUUAUCUUCAGACACAGAGACGCUCGGGGGAAACAGAGCCAGCCCCGACGACAGAUCGAACCAGUCAGGUUGGAGCUCGCUCACGGAAGCCUGCUCCUCAUGAACCCGCCGACCAACACGUUUUGGUACCACGGCCUUCCUGUGCGCAAGAAGGUCCUUGUGCCUCGCGUCAACCUCACCUUUAGACGCAUCGCACAGGACGGCAAGAAGUGACGGUAAAUAAAUGAAUGAAUGAGCUUUGACAGAGAGAUUGAUAUUGUUCAGUUAACUCAGCUUCAUAUUGGUUUAAAAUAAAGAGAAGGUUAUUACAGGUGAUGCUGCAUUCAACAAAAUUAAGAUGCAUCAAAUAGAAAUAACCAUUUGACAUUUCCAGAGCUUUUUAAUUCAAAACAUCUCACGCAAUUCAGAAGCUUUAUUUAUUAUUUUGACAAUUACAGGUUACUGCUCCUUUGUUGUGGUCGAGUCAUACAAUUUAUUUAGAGAUUCCCUGUUUAAGUUGAGUGGGUACUUGGUCUUGGACAUGGACAUGUCUAAUGAAAGACAGUAGUGGUUGUCAUAAAUCUUUAUCCUGCUUUGAUAAAUAAAACCCUUAAGCACA